UGUAAUGUGAGCACAUUAAAUGCAUAAAUAACAAGAAUUUAAUCAACAAGUAUUUGCGUUGAAAAGGUGUAACAAGUUUCAUCUCUUUAAAGCGGAGUAUUCUGCUCAGCCUUGGGAAUUGUCGCGAAAAACUUUAACAAAAUAUCAUAAUUUUGUUAAACAUAAUUUAAUGAAAUUUUUUCCACUAACUCAAUCUUACAUUCAUAUUACACUAGGAUUAAUUGUUUUAGAGUGCUCCUUUUACGCCAUUAGCUAUAAAAAGACAUUUAUUCAUUUCACAUAAUUUUAGCUUAUACUUUUUUUAUAUGGAGUUUGACAGUUGUUCACGUGAAAAGCCGAAUAUAGUACCAACCCUGAGGGAAGCAACUGAUUUUAAUAAGCGGUACUAAGCGAUUAUAGCACCUGUCUAUCUGUCAGUUAGUUUUAAAUUACCCAAAACAAGGGGCUUUCGUUUCGUAAAACAAAAUCAGUUCGUUGCGUUGAAGUAACUUUGGGUGUCUGUCAUCUGGCAUAUAAAGAAUGCUGAUGUUUUGGUGGACUGCUAAAAGGCCUGUUUCGCAGAGGCCUUCUCAUUCUUCUAGCUGUACUACCGAAUCCAAAGUAUGCGUGUGUUUGCUUGUAUCUAUGUGUGCUGCUCGCCCUACCACUAACACCAGUGAUUGCUUAGGGUAGUGCGGCGGCGGCGGCGGUAGUUGGAUGUGUUGUUGUAUGAACGAGCUCGAGUAGAACGAACGUACAAAGCAAUGAAAGAGAAUUUUUUAGAGUUUGUUGUUGGGUUACGUUGUAUUCGGACAUGCGAGAAGGCCAAACGAUUAGUUUGCUGUCUUGUCUGCCGCCUGUUGUCUACUUAGUCUCGUUAGUAUGAGUUCAAUAAUCAGAGUGAGAACAAGUCGUCGUCGUCAAAGAGUAGGCAAUAAGCGCGGUACCAAAGAGCGAGCGACGGGUUAGAUGAUGAAGAUCGCCGAUCUAAGAAACAACAAUAGACGGCCGGUGCACUCUGACGUGCGAGAAUAAAUUUAAAAUAAUUGAUCACAACUAUUUUUGGAUUGAACGCGAAUCAAGUGAAUAAAAAAAAGAAAAAAAUCGCCACAAAGCCAACAAAAAAAAACAAAAGUGUAAAGAGUGCCAAACAUAGAAAUGGCUAAAUUUAGCAAAAAUUUAAACCAAAACAAAUAAAAAUCACCAUUCAUGAUUUCACAGAAUAUAAACAAUUAAAUCGAAUAGAAAAUAAAGUGCCAACAAGUAUAGAAAAGAACAUAAAAGAAAAACAAACUCACAUUUGGAAAAAAAGCAAAAUCAGAACAGCAUACAACAAAUUAGUUAACCCCCACCUACACCCACCUACCUUAUGAUCUCUUCUGAAAAACGUUCUCUUUGCGGUUUUUUUUCAAUACGCUCUGUGCAAACACGAAGGAUUAUUAUCUCGGUUCGUUCUCAGUUGUGUAAUUCGAACAAAUCUGUACUACGGCCAAAUAAAGUCAUAUUCCCAUUGACACCUUCCACAACUGAACACUGCCCCAAGCAAUAGCAGAGAAGGUUCAUGGUGACUGUAGUAUGUCACCAGUAAGCAUUCCAACACAUCAGCAAAAAAACUUACACUCGGAGCAACAAGCAAUACUAACGACCGCAUCACCUCACCAUCAACUACCACAAACUCACGCAAUGGAGUUAACGACGGCCAGUAUUCCCACGGGAUAUCCGCUCAACUAUCAGCAGUUAUAUGCCAAUAACGCAGCCCUCUAUAGGACACCGGUAAUGUUUUCUGGAGCCAUACAUGCGGCGCAUGCCUCGUAUAUGGCUGGGUUGCCCCUGCAUGCGGCUCUCUCGCCCAACGACAGCUAUUUGAAGGCAAUACAAGCGGCUGCUUGUGGUAUAUACAGUCCAACGGCUCUGGCUCCUCCCAUGAAUCCCGCCAACCUCAUGUCCUGCAAACAAACCAGCAUUCAUAAUUCUACGGGUCCGAUGAUGGCGCUGGCGCCCUCAGCCCCUAAGUCACCGCAGUACGCACCAAAUGAUAUGAUCACCAACAACAAGUCUUGUGAUCUUGAACAAACCACAAAGGACUAUCUUUCGCCAACGUCGCAUAGUGCGACGACCCCUGGCUCGAGACUAAGCAAUGGGACACCUGGCAGUGGUACCUAUCUAAACGACAAGGUGACUGACUCCAGCAACGAUGCAGCCAACGACUCGCACUUCAAGGUGCCCAAUGGCAAGGAAGGAUCACUCAAACAUCGCAUUCUGAGGCCUCCAAGCAGUGAGAGUCUAGAAACCGGCAAAACUCCCGUCAUGAGAGCUUACACAACUACCUCGAAUUUCAAAAAGGGCACCUACAUUGAACUGGCCAGUGGUGCACUUCGCCGAGUGGAGGAUAUGCGUACGGAAGAUUUUAUUCAAUGUGCGGAGCGUAGUCCCCAACAUCAACUAGCAGAGUCUACAGUUGUAAAGAUCAACACAUCACAUGCAUCGGCAGCCGUGAUUACCUUUAGUUACGAUCGAAACAGAUCAAAGGUUGACAUGGAGGUCUCAUUGGAUCACCCUUUCUUUGUAUAUGGCCAAGGCUGGGCUUCAUGCAAUCCGGAAAUGUCCAUGCAGGUAUUUGGUCUGAAGUGUCAGCGCCUGCAGGUGGGCGACAUUUGCAUAUCGUUAACAAAGCGUGCAGCCAAUACGACGGAGACUUCUAACUCGCAGCGAAGACAUUCCUUGUCUUCGAUUUCAAGUCCAAGUGCCAAUAUGAACACCCCGCCCACGCAACCGAACCCUUUGAACCCUGGCGCAGAUAUGUCUUAUCCACAUGCGUUUUCGAUGCCUGUUCCAACAAAUCUGCCGCAUCCACUGCCCUCGUAUGCCGAAAUGGCCAAGCUAAUGUCAUCGUAUGCAUAUGCCAAAGGACUGACGCAGUUACCACACGAACAACUGAAAGAGGCUGUUAUGGAUGCCGCCAUGAUUCAGCCUAAAAUGAUUAAUGCUGCCUUUUACCAAAGUCAGAUCUACCAAUUUGCCCAACAGCAACAUCACCACCACCAGCAGCAGCAACAAGAACUCUUGAGACGCCAUGAACUGAAAUACAAUCAAGAGCGAACGCCUCCGUUGACAACGAGUCACGGCGUAAUGGCUCCAAAUAGUAUCGAAAACGAAGCGAUGCAAAUAUCUCAGACCUCUCAAACACAUCCCUUGGACGCGUCCAUUUCGCGCAAGCGGCGUUGGUCAGCCCCCGAAAAUAUGUUCGAUGACGAUGAAUCCGACACUCAACCACCUCGCAAUCACCACAUGUCAACGUCAUCGCCCAAUGCGUUAUCGCCUCCAGCCACUGCCCGGCUAUAAAAACUGUUCAGAUCGUUUUUGCUUCUCAUUCACGAGCAAAUCAAAUAACUUCCAUUAUUGAUCUCAAAUAUCUGCAAAACGUCUUCAACUACGCCCUAUCACCGAGUCCAUCCAGACCAGUGGACCAACGAACCCGGUAUGAUCAGCGCUGGCACUCCAUUAAUGAGACGGUCAACAACGACUUCAAAACAGCCAUAUUUAAUACACAAACAACGAUAUUCCUAAGUUUAGUUAGUCUAAAUUAACCACUGCAACGACAUCUAUAUUUAGUCAAUCGCCAAUGCAAUGGAGAAUUGGAAACUCUACACUCACCACUCUCCUAGUAGGAAAUAUACUCGUGCAUACAUACAUACAUAUGUAGAAACGAAUUAACUCCCAUCAGUAGUCAACUAUUUUCAAAUCAGGGUGCAUAUGUUAAACACUAUGUAAAUAUGUAUAAAUUAUCCACUUGUACAUACCAAUAAUAUAUUGUUCACAAAUAAACCGUAGAUGUUAAA